CUUGACAGUUAAACAAGAUGCUCUGGUUUUAUUUCCUGACUCUUCUGAUGCCCAGCCAAACUCUAAUGAUCCCUUUCCCUCUACGGAUAGCAGAUCUGCCUAAGAAAGCUCUUCCUGGACUAUCUGCAGCUGACCAAGAGUUUGCAGAGGAAUAUCUGCGCCAUUUUUACGGCUACCAGCCCAAGGCAGAAAGACAGAAGAGGACCGCCGACAUAAGUGAAGAUGAUGAUUCGACUACCGGAUCCUGUGAUAAGAAGACAAAGAUGCGGGAGAUGCAACAGUAUUUUGGUUUGCCUCCAAGUGGAGAGCUCACCAAAGAGACUCUAGCAGUGAUGAAGAAGCCGCGCUGUGGACUGUCAGAUGUGGAGCACGUUGGAGAAACAGUUCGCUGGAAGAAGAAGAGGAUCAGCUACAGGAUCGCUGGCAAAAAAUUCCCCAUCCCAGCACUUAAGGCUCAGAAAGUCUUUAGAAGAGCAUGGAAGCUCUGGUCCAACGUCACACCUCUGAAAUUUCGCAACCGGAACAUGGAAGUGGCUGACAUUGACAUCUUUUUCUAUAGUGGAGAUCAUAACGAUGGUUCACCUUUUGAUGGCAGAGGAGGAGUCCUGGCUCAUGCCUUUAUGCCUGGGCUUCACAUCGGUGGAGAUGUCCACUUUGAUUCUGAUGAAGACUGGAGUUUAAAUUCUACCGGUAUCAACCUGUUUGCUGUGGCAAUCCAUGAAUUUGGUCAUGCACUUGGCUUGUCCCACUCAUCUGAUCCUGGAGCUAUCAUGUACCCAGCAUAUAACUUUGACCCCAACUAUGAGCCCCAGCUCUCCUUUGAUGAUGUCAAAAACAUCCAAAAACUGUAUGGAGUCAAUCCAACCAAUCCAACCUCAAAGAGGCCUCCUCCGAAAACACCUACCAAAUGUGAUCCGUAUUUGUCCUUUGAUGCAGUAACAGACCUACAACAGGAAGUUUUGUUUUUCAAAGACAGGUUUAUGUGGCGCAAACAUCCUGAAUUUGAUGAAAUGCGUGUCUCCUUGAUUAGCAGUCUUUGGCCUGAGACUGUACCGGCCAACUUGGACGCCGUUUAUGAGAAUACGUGGGAAAAUGUUGUUUUGUUUUUUAAAGGUAAUCAGUACUGGAUGCUGAGGCAGCUGAAGCUUGAGGAAGGUUUCCCUAGAAGCAUCUCAACCUUGGGCUUCCCUUCCAGAAUAAAAUCUGUAGAUGCUGCUCUUCACUUCAGAGAUGAGGGCUAUACUCUGUUCUUCACUGGUGAUGAGUGUUGGAGGUACAACGAAGAACAAAAGUGGAUGGAGGGAUCACCAAUGUCUAUUGAGGAGCAGUGGCCAGGGAUCCGAACGCCUAUAGAUGCAGCUGUCUUCUAUGAUGGAUCUGUGCACUUCUUCAAAGGAAACCUUGACUACAAAUACGACUCCAACUUCAAACGCGUGCUCUCCAUCAGCCGCGUUAAUGAGCUGCUGGAAUGUGAAGUAAAGGAAGGCAAUGAAACAGUGACAGAGAGGAGAUGAGUGAAGUAAUGCUUCCCCUGGAGCUUGAUGGUGCUUUGCAUACAGACACAAAGUUUUACACCCAGUAAUGACCACAAUGUAUCGAACAGAAAACAGAAGUGGGAAGUGGUUGGUGUGUGGUUAGUCUUACCUCAGUGUGUAAUGCAGUGAUGUAAUAUUGGAAUUGUACAGUUUUUGUGAUUUGAAAUGUGUGUUUUAAUCUAAUUUUGCUGCUAAUUUUAAUUUUAAAUCUCUCUAUAUUAACAUCAACAGUGGUCUAGAGCUAUUCAGCUAAACAUAAAUGUAUUUUAAGCUUGUGUCUUUCCAUCAAAGUGAUUUAUUUCUUACUUAG